AUGUGUGGCAUAUUCGUCUCGAUCGGCCACCAGCGAGAUGUGACUAUAGAUGAGCGCACGACGCAGCUGCUGAAUGCGCGUGGUCCGGAUAGCCUACAACAUGUCACGCUGCCAUUACCGAACCAGACUACUUGCGCGAAGAACGAGUCGCGAAAGUGCGUGACUUUCUGCUCAAGUGUGCUAGCACUCAGAGGUGGCCAGAUUGAGGCUCAGCCAUUUGUCGAUGAGCCUACAGGCUCCAUCUUAUGCUGGAACGGUGAAGCUUGGAAGGUCGACGGAAGGGUUGUGACCGGCAACGACACGGUCCAGGUCUUCCAGGAGCUCUUAAACGCUGCUGCAUCAUCCGCGCCAGGAGCAGCUAUUCCUGAUGUGCUGACAAGUAUUGCAGGUCCAUAUGCCUUCGUGUUCUACGAUGCCACGUCAACGACUAUUUACUAUGGCAGAGAUCGACUUGGUCGACGUUCGCUUACUUUGCAGCGAGGCAGCGAUGGCGGGAUGACACUGUGUAGUGUUGCUGUUGCUAAGGCUGGAGACCUGGAAGAAGUUGAUCCCGCAUGUUUACACUCAGUAAAAUUCGGUGACGACAAGAUCCUGACCUCGACGAUUCCUAGCCCGGCACCGGCACCUGAGUUCAACAAUGACAGCUCUGCAGCAGCAAUACCAGCCACGCCAUCGGCAGCGACGACAGACCAGCUUAUGCAACACCUGUCCGAGUCACUAAGACUCCGCGUCCUGGACAUUCCUGAUCACGCUAUUCUCAUCAAACACCACACCUAA